AGUUUGCUGACUAAGAUGGCGACCCAGACGCACAGUGAAGGGGAGGUGCCAGCUCGCGAAUCUGGUCGGAGUGAUGCCAUUUGCAGUUUUGUUAUCUGCAAUGACUCUUCCCUUCGAGGCCAGCCCAUCAUCUUCAACCCUGACUUUUUUGUGGAAAAACUCCGGCAUGAGAAACCUGAGGUGUUCACUGAGCUGGUGGUUAGCAAUAUCACAAGGCUCAUUGAUUUGCCUGGAACCGAGCUGGCUCAGCUGAUGGGAGAAGUGGACCUGAAGUUGCCCGGUGGGGCUGGUGUGGCGACAGGCUUCUUCCGGUCUCUGAUGUCUCUCAAGCGAAAGGAAAAAGGAGUAAUAUUUGGAUCCCCACUGACAGAGGAAGGCAUUGCCCAGAUAUACCAGUUAAUUGAAUAUCUACAUAAAAACUUGCGGGUAGAGGGUUUGUUUCGAGUGCCAGGGAAUAGUGUCCGACAGCAGAUUUUAAGGGAUGCUCUCAAUAAUGGAACUGAUAUUGACUUGGAAUCAGGGGAGUUUCACUCAAAUGACAUUGCCACCUUGCUGAAGAUGUUUCUAGGAGAGUUACCUGAGCCCUUGCUGACACAUAAACAUUUCCAUGCACAUCUCAAAAUUGCUGAUUUGAUGCAGUUUGAUGACAAAGGAAACAAGACCAAUGUACCGGAUAAGGCGCGGCAAAUUGAGGCUCUUCAGUUGCUCUUCCUCAUUCUCCCUCCACCAAAUCGUAACCUGCUGAAGUUAUUGCUUGAUCUCCUGUACCAGACAGCAAAGAAACAAGACAAGAAUAAGAUGUCUGCAUAUAACCUAGCCCUUAUGUUUGCACCCCAUGUCCUGUGGCCAAAAAAUGUCACUGCAAAUGACCUUCAAGAGAAUAUCACAAAGUUAAACAAUGGGAUGGCUUUUAUGAUUAAACACUCCCAGAAACUUUUUAAGGCUCCUGUUUACAUUCGGGAAUGUGCCAGACUGCACUAUUUGGGCUCCAGAACUCAAGCAUCAAAGGAUGAUCUUGAUCUGACAACUUCAUGUCAUUCUGCAUCCUUCCAACUGGCAACACCUCAGAAGCGGAACCGGAUGGACUCCUGCUGUCAUGAGGAAAAGACCCAGCAGCGCACGGAGGAGGCGCUGAGAGAGCUAUUCCAACACGUUCACAAUAUGCCAGAGUCGGCAAAGAAGAAACAGCUCAUCAGACAGUUUAAUAAGCAAUCUGUGACCCAAACACCAGGGCGAGAACCGUCUACUCCCCAGGUACAGAAGAGAGCCCGUUCACGCUCUUUCAGUGGCCUUAUUAAGCGGAAGGUUCUGGGAAAUCAAGUGAUGUCGGAAAAGAAGAAUGAGGCCCCUACUCCGGAAUCUCUAGCGGCUGGUGAAUCGAAGAGAGCCAGCAAAGAAAAUCUGCGCUUAGAUUCCUCUGAAGGAUCCAGAGUUCUCCUGUUGUCCACCCAGAAGUUUCUCUAUAGCAGGCCAAGUGUCAUUCCUGCUCACAGAGAAGCUUGGGCCGGCAGCUUGCUUGCUGUGUUUUGAAUUGUGAAAGUUAAUUAAUCCUGUGACUUGACUGAUAUCUCUAACCCCACUCACUGGAUGUUUUCUGCAGCCUCUGCCCUCUGAACCAGUGCUAGCAACCCUCUCUCCUUUUUAAUAUUAUGGGGAAACCACUAACCAGCCAAGCAGCUUACACAGCGCACAGUAAGUGGGUAGAACCAGGCAGACUGGUGCUCAUUCCAUGUAUUUGCUUAAGCAUAUUUUGUUUUUUAAAAAUACAAGAUUUGUGUUCAACUGCCAGUAUUUUUUUAAGUACUGUCAAUCCUAGUGGGUUGAUGUCAUAUUUUAACUGAUAAUUUGUAUUUUUCUGUUUUGAUAGUGUUGGGUAUUUUUGUUGUCAUUUCUUGUUUAUUUGUUGUUUGUUCAUUUUUAAAAGCUAUUUUUUGUGUGUGUAACUGAAAUGGGCUCCCAGCCGGAAGUCUUUCCUUUUUUCACCUGCACCUUUGGGAAAUCUUUGUCUCUUGAGGCUGUGUUCCUCAGUACCUUGUUUGUGUCCAUGGACUUCAUGGCUUUCUUGGGAAGGUUUCGUUAUUUCUUGGGCCUGACAUUGCAAGGUAUUUGGCUUGCAGUAUUGAAAAAGGAGAAUUCAGAAUGGUCUAAUAUUCUAACAAAUGUUAAUUAUUAAAUUGUGUCUCUCCUUUCCUCCACUCUCUCUUCUUCCCCCUGAUCUUUUCUCCUUAGUGAUGCCAAUAAUGGUGUGAUUGCCGAACUCGUGUCCUUUGUUCAGUUUCCUCUUGAACGCAGAGCAUCUCUGGCGCCCACGGGGGGGGGGGGGCAGCCCUUCUGUGCCAGAUCACUGUGAUUCCAGCGAAGUCUCUGACUGCCUAGCGGAGGUUUGCUGAAAUAUCUGUGUGUGGCGGAAGCGGGGCUGUAACUGGGAUGAGGCCGGCUAGCUUGAUGUCCAGGACUCCCCCUCAGGGCGGGGUCAUGCUGCACCCUUCUGAGGGACCCGCGGGCAGGGCGGGCUGUGAGAGCCGCUGGACUGAGAGGGAGGAAGUGCAUGGCAGCAGUCUCUGCAGGGCUGAGAGGAUUCGAAGGAGAGGAUGUGCUCACUUGGAGGCAGUGUGGCUUAUCACCAGAGCUCUGAGAAAGAGCAGCACAGCCUCUCUCCUUGUAAUGCGCACGGGGAGGAUGUGGAGAGGGGGCUGGAGCUGGGGCUUUGGCUGGGUGGUGAUGUUCACAAGUGUUUGAGGUGAGCAGUGGCGUGGCUUUGAUCUCUUGUAAAUACUUACAGCCAGGGGAGCAGCAUGUCGAGGGAGAGAAGGCGCCUGUUGGGCCUGCUCCGAGAGGCUGGGCAGCUGCUCUCAGCCCGUGUGCUGGAGCUGAGUCAGGCCCUCUGUGGGGAGGCAGCUGCCUAGCAGAGUCUGUUUGGCUGCCCUGUGUUCAGACCGUUGGAAAUGCUGUGUUACUGCCGAAAUGGAAGGUGACCCUGGGAGCGGAGUCGGAUUUUGUGUCUUGAGUGAACCCUCUUUUCCAUAUAUGCUGUUUCUUUUGCUGCCGUAACAGCAGUUGUGAAGAAAAAAUAAAUAAAUUAAAAUUUGGCCUUCCAAUUUGAUGGGUUGUGAACAGUUGAUGGUUAGGAGUAGAGACCUGCUUACAGGCCCCUUUCUCUAGAGCAGUUUUAUUCUUAAAAGUCCUUAUUAGCAACUUCAGUUGCACAGGUUUCUAUUUGGCUUUUUUCCUUGUUGAAAAAAAAUAGAAUUCCUUGUACCAGCUGCCAGUGAAUUCAAAUGGGAGCCCCUUCUGGUGCAACCAGACUGAAGGAGUGUCCUCCCCUCACUCCAUGCAUGGUCCGUCUUUCCCACCUGGACAGGUGCGGACUGUCUCUCGUGGUCUGGCCUCAGGCGGAGGGAGCAGAGCUGUGACCUGACCCCCCCUUGUCAUCGAGUUUGUUCCAUGGUCCUGUUGGAGGGAGGCACCUGGGACCGGGGGACUGUCCUGCAUCCUGUGGAGUCGGCGGUGCUCUAGUGCUGGGGUGGGGGACACAGGGCCGUCGUGUGCACUGCAGUUUGUCCCUGGGGCAGUGGAUGUCUGUGUUUGGGUACAUGUGUUUCAUUUAAGUUAUUUAUUAAACAUGCUUUUCCUUGCUUUAAGGGUGUGAUAGGUCAUUUUUUAUAGAAGCUGUGAUCCAGUUGGAAUCCAAAUUUGAGAAAUGAAAUAGCAUAGCCUUCUGCCUUGUAAUUUGUAAGUGCUGUAAUCCUGUGGAACCUCAUGGAGAACUCAAAGACAAAAACCCUUUCCAUUUGCCACAGAAGGGUACUGCCUCCCUCUGACUCGGUGGGCUGGUAUUUUUGAGUCAGUAUUUAACAAUUUCUUAAAUCUGUAAGAUUUUAAAAAAUGUUUACUUUUCACGUUGGAACAGUCUCUUUGGAAAUGCCUCUUCUUCUGGCUUGUAAAAUUGCAUUUCUUCCUGGGAUCAGUUGCGAAGGGUUUGCUAUGGGUCAGUACGAGGCGGUGUUUUGUGCCAGAGGGCUCAAGUGUGAGAACACAGACCUCACUGGCUCAGAUCUGCCCUGGGUGAGCUAUACUGGUUGAAUCAGUGAAAACCAGUUUCUUACCUUUUACAAGGAUGGACUUUUGCACUGGGACCAAUGAAUCUGGCUUGAAAAACUCCACUGCAGCAGUGAAAGGAUUUGGAGAUACUGAUUAUAUCUGAACGGCCAACAUAUUAAAGGAGCUGUUACUUACUCACAAGUGAAACCACAGCUGCUCUUUACUUUGAACGCCCUUCCAGAGUCAGUCAGCGCUGGCAAGGGAGCCCCCUUGGGGAAUGGAAUAGCGCAGGGCUGUUGACUGCAGUGACCACUGGGUGUUCAGAGGUGGUGGUCUGGUUGGCCUGUACGGAAGCCAGUUGAUUCUGGAGUGGCAGAGCAGAGCCAUUCUCUCCUCCCGAGAAGCAGUGUUUCUGUUCAGCUCCCCUCACAGGACCUUCUGUUAGGACAUGGUUUAAAAUCCUGCCUUCUAGGAGAACCUGUGGCCAUGGGGCUGUGCCCCACGUGACCAGCGGUGUGGCCAUGCAUAACUGGGGGAGCCGUCUUUGGGAUCAGACUUCCCUGGACCUCAUCUGUGUCCUUACUUCAUGUAGGACCUUGCACAGAUGCUUGAAGCUGAUGGCUCUCGUUCUGGAGUCUUUUCUAAGUAGAACACCUUUCCCCAGGAGAGUCUCAUCCUUGCCCUGAAGUCUUUGUGCUGAAGACAGCACCCAGUCCCACAUCUGGAUACCAGCAUCUGGCAGGAGUGCCCUAGAUUCGGGGGGGAAGAUUUGGGUUGCUAAGAUGCAUGAGCUUUUCAGGCCAGUGGUAAUUAACCCAGUCUAAAACUGCUAUAAAAACCUGGCUUUCCUAGACAACUAAUGCUGAGAGUUGAUGGAGGGGCUAGUGAGGAGGUGGCGUACAUAAUAGCCUGAGUGCUUGGGUUACCAUGGAAACUGGAGUGUGCAAGGCCACAGCUGAUGCUAAAGAGCCAUGGAACACUCCCCCAGACAUGUUUGGGGACCAGCAGAACCUGUUGGGAAAACUCCCCCGCCCCAGGGUCCUUUGUGCUGAGCAAAAAGCUGCCUUUGCACUUAUCCCUGAGUGCGCUCGAGAGAAACAAGGUUCUAUUAACUCUCACCAUUUUUUUACUCUUGUUUGACUAUAUAUCCUAUAUAUAUGUAAUUGUAAAGAAAUAAUCAUAUGCAUUGUCUUUCUUUUUUAUUCAUGUAAUAUUCUGAAAUUAAAUUUCUUUUGUUUCAUA